AUGCCAAAUGAAACAGCCGAAUGGACUCGAUAUUCUGAUAUUGAAUGUGAAAUAAUUGAAGAUUCUUUCCGCAGUUCGGAAGCGACAGAAGUUGCGUUAGAUUUAUAUUUGCUUGAUUUGAUACAUAAAGUUCAAGUAAAUAAGCAAGAUUAUCGUGAUCAACGACCAAUUAAACGCGUCGUGUGCGAAAACGAACUUGAUUUUCGAAAAGAACGCUUUUGUUUGUCACUACCACUGCUACCUGUUGAUAAAACUGCUGAUGAUGAUAAUGUGUUUCGCAGUGGAUUUGGUUGGAAAUGGUACUGGAAACAUUAUGGCAAAAAGCCAAAACCACUAUUAGGUCGAGUAGCAGAACUGGCCGCCGAUGGUAUUGAAAUUGAAGGCGAGAAAAUUGGUAAAUCAUGCGAAGCCAAAUGGAUAGCAAACAAGUUGCGAAAUAAGAAAACUGCGAGUGAAUUAACAAUUAUAAAAUACUGCUUGUCUUUAUAUACACGCGACUCUUUCAUCUAUAACUUAAUAGUACAAGAAAAUGACCAAAGUAAACUUGAUACAUUAGGUUGCUUUUAUUUUUUACUGCACAACCAAGCUUGCGCAGUAUUAUAUGAGAAGUAUGGUUAUAAAGACACAGUUUAUCUUAGUAUGAGCUUAGAUUCAGAGCAACUAAAAUGUUACCGAGAAUUGAUUGGUAGAAAGUUUUGUUGGCCCCGUUUUUCAUCAGCGACUAAAAAUAGAGAAAAGCUUGAACACGUUGAUGAUCAAAACACAUUAUUUAUCAUAACAUUUGAUCAAUUUUAUUCGGGUGGACUUGAUAUAUCAUCGUUUUCGUCAUUUCCAAAUGAACAAGAGGUCUUGUUACGACCUCGAGGUGUGUUUCUCCUUGAAAACAUUGAACUGGAUGCUGAGAAGAACAGACACAACAUUUAUCUAACUGAUGCGUAUUAGAUUUUUUCUCUUACGGUGAGAAGAACUGGAUGAUGUUGUUAUUUCGAAGUUGUUCGGUGUUGUUGUUAUUCGCAUAUCGAAAUAGGAUAUUAUUCUUAAUGUCCCUGUUCUAUCACAGGAAUGUAACAUUCAGAAGGACAAAAGGUGUAAGAUUACAGUACAGAAUUUAUGCAAAUACAGGAGAGAGACUUAUCGUACCACGCAAGCUCGAAUAGAGACAAAACUGGAUUAAAUCAUUUCUGUACAGUUUUAGGUUUAUUCAGAGUUUGAUGAAUAAUUUUAUUUUGUUUAACUUUAAUCUUUUUUUAUAAAUAAUGAUCCUUACAAUGUAGAAACUACAAUACCGCUCACAAUCUGUUCUCUAUAUGCUCAUAAUCAUUGCCUGAAGAACAUGCCAACAUCAAAAUGCCACAAAGAUAUCUCAGCCUAGCUAAAGAAGUGUUGGAAAAUGAUAAAGAAAAGAAUUAUCAAAGUUAAUGUCUUUAGCCGGUUUUACAUAACUUACAGUGGCGGCAAAAAUUAUUUGUACAGACAGUUAAUAAAAAUCUUUUUUUAUGCUGUAUAAACACCGACAAAAUAUGAAAACUACAUCAUGCGAUAGAAGAGACCGCGAGAUACAUUUUGGUAAAAAGGUAAUUUUGAAAAGCUUUUUCCUUAGGGUAAAAACUGCGACUUUAAGCCAAAAGUGCCAUACUCUUCAAUGUGACUGCUGAAUCUCGGGAAUGACUGGUUGAAAAAAAGAUUCUAAUUAAGCCAUUCGAAAGUGCAUCAAAAACUGAGUACGAUAAAUACGGUCUAGAAGUUAAGUGAGAGAAUUCGAUCCAUCUUUAACGUUUUGGAUCCUGGGGCUGUAUUUGAAAUAUCUUUUCUGCACGAGACGGUAAACAUUUCCUUUACUCAGCUUCUUUUUUAUUCUUGUUUCCAUUGAUGAUCUAUCGAAUGGUAUUGAAAGUGUCAUAAAGCUUUUUGCUGACGGCAUAAUUCUUAUAAAUCAUUAUACUGAUCCUUAAGUAUAUGCCAACGCCAUCAAUAAACAUUUGGCAAGAGUAGAAGAUUUUGUUGUCUCCUUGAACCAAGAAACCAAAUAUGCAGUUUUGUAGAACAGCUCGCGGCGCGUGGAAUGGUAUAUAAAAACUCCCGGUUUUAUCUAAGCUUACAGAAUGCAGGGUCAAUACUGAUCGAGCGUCAUGAUAACCAUUGGGAUCGAUGCCGAACUUACUCCCAGCCAGAGAGCCCAAAAAGAAAUAUUCUCUCUAUACAAUUUUGUAGAUCUCACCUUGGGCUACAAGUCCCUAUAUCUAACGCCUCCAUCCGCCCCUUACUAGCGGAGGAAAAUUCGACUUUUGAUCAAUUUCUACUCUCUAAAAAAAAAAGGUACUCUACCGAACCUAAAAAGGGUUUAAACAUUUGUCACCAUCUAUAUACCUUUUUAAGGUUUCGU